GACAAAUGUCCUAUAUAUUAUGCAAAAAAAAAUUAAUGUCUUUAAUGUAAUAUAAAAAACAUGUGAAAUAUACUACACUUUUUAUAUAGAAAAUAAUCGACGUAACUAAAUUUUCGUUUUGGAGACGAGGCAAAUUAAAUACGAGGUAAAGUGCACAAGUUUAUUAUGUUGCUGUUAGGUAGUGAUGAUUAAUUUUACUCAAAUCCACCGAUACAACUUUUAGUCUCCACAACAUUCAAUUAAAAUGACCAACUUUUUUUUCUCUAUAUAAGCAAAUUAACCUUCAAUCAAUCAUAACUCAAACAUUUUUACUUCAUAUAUCUCAAAAAUAACAAAUCCAUUCCUCAACGGUCUGAUGAGUGACACCACUAAGGACGAUGGCUCUAGCCAAAACAAAUCAGUGCGUAAGGAAAAAAGAGCGCCUUUUUUAAGGAAAUGGACCCAGUUCGAUGUUGGGAGAGCUUCGACUGUUGGAAUCGUGCAUCUGUUGUGUCUAUUGGCUCCUUUUAACUACAAAUGGGAAGCAUUGCGGUUCGGUACAAUUAUCACCAUAGUGACAAACCUCAGCAUUACAUUCUCGUACCAUAGGAACUUGACUCACCGGAGCUUUACACUACCUAAAUGGCUUGAAUAUCCAUUCGCUUAUUCUGCUCUUUUUGCACUUCAGGGUGAUCCAUUGGAUUGGGUGAGCAUUCAUAGAUUCCAUCACCAGUUCACAGAUUCUGACCGUGAUCCACAUAGCCCUAUCGAAGGAUUCUGGUUCAGUCAUGUUUUGUGGAUAUUUGACUCCGAAUAUAUCAGAGAAAAGUGCGGAAGACGUAACAACGUGAUGGACUUGAAGCAACAAUGGUUCUAUAGGUUUCUAAAAAAGACAUUGGUUCUCCACAUCUUUGUAUUUUGGACCCUCAUCUACUUAUGGGGUGGUCUACCUUACCUAACUUGGACCGUGGGUUCUGGAGGAGCAUUCGCUUACCACGGGACUUGGCUCGUAAACUCGGCAUGCCAUAUUUGUGGUUCGCAAGUGUGGCACACCAAUGACACCUCUCGUAACGUUUGGUGGCUAGCGCUAUUGACUAUGGGAGAGAGCUGGCACAACAACCACCAUGCCUUUGAGGCGUCGGCUAGGCAUGGACUAGAAUGGUAUCAGUUAGACAUAACUUGGUACCUCAUUCGGUUCUUUCAGGCUCUCGGCUUAGCCACCAAUGUCAAAUUGCCUACCGAUGAUCAGAAACGCAAGAUGGCUAUCCCUCGUUAAUCCCAGCACUAAU